UGGAGCUUAUUGCAACAAUGGCGCCCAGCUGGCCCUUGCUGCUGCUUCUUCUUCUCUGCCUCGCCGGCGGCGGCAUACUCCAACCUCGCGCCCAGCCUGACAGCAAAGGUUUCAUAAGCAUAGAUUGCGGGUACCCAGGGGAGACGAGCUACAUGGAUGAUACCACGAUGCUAUCCUACUCCCCGGAUAUUGGCUUCAUCGACUCCGGCACCAACCACAACAUCUCCGGUGAGUACGUCCGGCCACUGCUCUCACGGCGUGCCCACAACCUGCGGAGCUUCCCUGACGGCGCACGCAACUGCUACACACUCACCUCCCUGGUGUCCGGGCUCAAGUACCUCAUCCGUGCCAGCUUCGUCUACGGCAACUACGAUGGCCUCAAUCGACCGCCCGUGUUGUUCGACCUCUACAUCGGUGUCAACUUUUGGAUGGCGGUGAACAUGUCGUCUUGGUCGGACCCGGCGGGUGGCGUGGUGACAGCGGAGGCCAUUGUCAUGGUCCUAGACGACUUUGUGCAGGUGUGCUUGGUGAACACCGGUGCCGGAACCCCGUUCAUCUCCGGGCUGGACCUGAGGCCGCUCAAGACGACACUCUACCCGCAGGUCACGGCGGCGCAGGGGCUGGUGAUGCUUGCCAGGCUCAACGCCGCCCCGACUAACAAAACAUACAUUGCCAGGUACCCUGAUGACCCACAUGACCGAAUAUGGUUCCCAUGGUACGACGCCGUGAACUGGGCUGAGAUGUCGACCACUCAGACGGUACAGAACAUUGAAAACGACCUCUUUGAGGCACCGUCGGCGGUGAUGCAGACAGCGAUCACGCCACAGAACGCCUCCAAGAACAUCGAGUUCUAUUGGGACGCGGAGCCCAAGCCCAACGACCCAUCGCCAGGGUACAUUGCCAUCAUGUACUUCUCCGAGCUGCAGCUCCUCAAUGGCAACGAUGUGCGCCAGUUCUACGUCAACCUCAACGGCAAUCCCUGGUAUCCGACGGGCUUCACGCCGCAAUACCUCUCCAACGGUGCCACCUACAAUAGCUACCCCUCCCAUCACAGCCGUUACAACAUCUCCAUCAACGCCACCUCCAAUUCGACUCUGCCGCCAAUCAUCAACGCCGUUGAGGUGUUCUCCGUCGUUCCCACCACCAACAUAGGAACUGACUCGCAGGAUGCAACCGCUGUCAUGGCGAUCAAGGCCAAGUAUCAGGUGCAGAAGAAUUGGAUGGGCGACCCAUGCCUUCCGAAGAAUAUGGCAUGGGAUAUGAUGAAUUGUAGUUAUGCCACUCCCAACCCAUCAAGGAUCACAAGCAUAAACAUGUCAUCUAGUGGUCUGACCGGUGAUAUAUCGUCUUCUUUUGCGAAGCUCAAGGCUCUCCUAUACUUGGAUCUGUCGAACAAUAAUUUGACAGGCUCAAUUCCGGAUGCUCUUUCACAGUUACCUUCGGUGACAGUUAUAGAUUUGUCUGGCAACAAGCUGAAUGGAUCAAUUCCCCCUGGACUUCUCAAAAGAAUUCAAGAUGGCUCUUUGGAUCUAAGACAUGGCAACAAUCCAGACCUUUGCACAGGCAGCAACUCAUGCUUGCUGGCCACUAAAAGGAAGAACAAAGUGGCCAUCUACGUUGCUGUCCCUAUCCUUGUCAUUCUAGUGAUAGUAUCAGCGGCAAUACUAGUCUUUUUCUUGCUAAGACGCCGGAAUCAGCAGCAAGGUGAGUGCGAGGCUUUCUGCCAUUAUCAAGCUCAAGCACACAUAACAAACUGUACUCAUAUCCGUACCAGAUCUAAGAAUUCACCAAAUUGCCUUUCUGCAUAUAAAGGAUCAAUGAACACCAUGACUGCCGUAAAACCGCAGAACGAGGAGGCAAUGUCGACGACAAGCUAUGGCGGCGGUGAUGGUGAUUCACUGAGGAUAGUUGAGAACCGCCGGUUCACAUACAAGGAGCUUGAGAUGAUAACCAAUGGCUUCCAGAGGGUGCUCGGCCAGGGAGGGUUCGGUCGUGUCUAUGAUGGCUUCCUUGAAGAUGGCACUCAGGUGGCGGUCAAGCUGCGGUCUCAUGCUUCCAAUCAAGGCACCAAGGAGUUUCUCGCAGAGGCUCAAAUUUUAACACGGAUUCACCACAAGAAUCUUGUGUCCAUGAUUGGCUACUGUAAGGAUGGAGAGUACAUGGCACUUGUCUAUGAGUACAUGGCACAUGGAACCUUGCGGGAGCACAUUGCAGGAAGCGAUCGCAACGGAGCAUGUUUACCUUGGAGACAGAGACUCCAAAUUGCACUUGAAUCUGCACAAGGAUUAGAGUACCUACACAAGGGUUGCAACCCGCCUCUCAUCCAUAGAGAUGUCAAGGCGACCAACAUCCUGCUGAAUGCCAAACUCGAGGCCAGGAUUGCCGAUUUUGGCUUGUCGAGGGCAUUCAACCAUGACACCGACCCCGUUUCCACGAAUACUCUUGUUGGUACUCCUGGAUACGUGGAUCCAGAGUACCAGAUGACGAUGCAGCCAACGACCAAGAGUGAUGUGUACAGCUUCGGCGUGGUGCUACUGGAACUGGUCACCGGGAAGCCAGCCAUCCUUUCGAAUCCUGAGCCCACAAACAUUAUCCAUUGGGCACGACAGCGGCUGGCGCGGGGCAACAUCGAGGGCGUGGCGGACGCACGCAUGAAUAGUGGUUACGACGUCAACAGCGUGUGGAAGGUGGCGGAGAUCGCCCUCAAGUGCACCGCUCAGGCAUCAGCGCAGCGGCCCACCAUGGCCGACGUGGUGGCACAGCUACAGGAGUGCGUCGAACUUGAGAACGGCCGCGCCGUCUACACCGGCGGCGGUAGCAGCAGCGUUGAUGACCCGAACUGGAGUCACGGUGCUUACACUAGUGGGCAAUCCAGUAACGUGAGCGACAACACUGCAUUUGAGAUGGAGCAUAGGGUGCCCACAGUGGUCACCGGUCCUGCCGUACGUUGAGGACUCUCUCGUCUAAAACUGGCUAUAGUUGCCUGUUUUUAAGUCUCUAUGAUUUCCUAGAAUAUACCGUUAACGUUAUUUACUAAAAUAGUGCUGGUAACUGGUGUGCAAUUUAUAUUUUUGAAGUAAGACAUGAAACUAUAUAUAUUUAUUUGUAUAUAAUGUGUACAUGCUCAUCUGUU